CGCCGGGACUCGGCCCGGGGCAACUAGGGGCCCUUUCUCGCUCGGGGCUCGGAUGGGAGGCGUUGGGAGGAGCGGCCUGGGAUGUUCAGUCUGAUGGCCAAUUGCUGCAGCUGGUUCAAGCGGUGGCGGGAGCCCGUCAGAAAGGUGACUCUUGUGAUGGUGGGACUUGAUAAUGCUGGUAAAACGGCAACGGCAAAGGGAAUCCAAGGAGAGUAUCCUGAAGAUGUAGCUCCUACUGUUGGAUUUUCCAAAAUUGACCUCAGACAAGGAAAAUUUGAAGUCACCAUCUUUGACUUGGGAGGUGGAAAAAGAAUUCGGGGUAUCUGGAAGAAUUACUAUGCUGAGUCCUAUGGGGUAAUAUUUGUUGUGGAUUCCAGUGAUGAAGAGAGAAUGGAAGAGACAAAAGAGACAAUGUCAGAAGUGCUAAGACAUCCUAGGAUAUCGGGGAAGCCUAUACUGGUGUUGGCAAAUAAACAAGACAAGGAAGGGGCUUUAGGAGAAGCUGAUGUGAUUGAAUGCCUAUCUCUGGAAAAAUUGGUCAAUGAGCACAAGUGCCUAUGUCAAAUAGAACCUUGUUCAGCAGUCUUGGGCUACGGAAAGAAAAUUGACAAGUCCAUUAAAAAAGGCCUUUACUGGCUCCUACAUAUCAUUGCAAGAGACUUUGAUGCUUUAAAUGAACGCAUCCAAAGAGACACAACAGAACAGCGUGCUCUUGAAGAACAAGAGAAACGAGAGAGGGCUGAACGAGUGCGAAAAUUACGAGAAGAAAGAGAACAAAGAGAACGAGAGCAGGCGGAACUCAAUGGAACCAGCAGCCUGGCUGAGUUGGACUCCGAACCAAUUAUUGUUAAUCCUUUCCAGCCAAUCGCAUCUGUCAUCCUUGAGAAUGAAAGAAAACUUGAAAAAGACAAAAAGAGACACAGUAUGGAGAAAGACAGUGAUGGCUGCCCCCCGAAACAUAAAACGGAGAAUGAGCAAAUAGAGACACAGAGCCAGAUCAGUGACAAUAGCCAAAAAAACAAUGAGCUUGGAAUAGUUGAAAAUUAUAAAGAGGCAUUAACACAGCAGUUGGAGAAUGAAGAUGAUACAGACCAGCGAUCAUCAGAAUCAGAUAACAGCAAAAAGAAAACUAAGAAACUAAGAAUAAAAAGGAGUCACCGUGUAGAACCUGUUAAUACAGAUGACUCUGCUCCUAAGAGUCCAACACCACCCCCGCCUCCUCCUCCUGUUGGCUGGGGAACCCCCAAAGUCACUAGACUUCCAAAACUUGAGCCUCUUGGUGAAACACGUCAUAAUGCUUGGUACACAUUUCUUUGCACUUGGUUAAUGGCAAGUAAACAACAGAUACAUGAUGAACUAGAGUAGUAAUUAAAAGAUUUCUAUGGGAAGCCACUGCCUCCCCUGUCUGCACGACAGAGGCCUAACAGUGAUGCUCAUGAUGUGGUUUCAUAACCGAGUCAUGUGAUGAGCUUUUUAAAGAUCUGCAAGAUCAACUAGAAGACCUUCCUUCUCAAAGAAGAAAAACCCUAAGCAUUGAUGACUGGGGCAAGAUAACCAUAGUGAUUUCAGUGAGAUAAAUAGCCAAAGACCUGGCUGAUAUGACAAUUAUCCAUGUUAUUCAUGGUUUAAAAAAAAGGAAGGAAAAUGACCAAUAGAUGGGAUGAGCAUUUGAAUCAAGUUAGCAGGAGUUACUGUUGACUCUGGUUUUUACAGUCCUGCUCAUGGGCAUAUUCCUGAAGGAAAACCUCUUCAGAAAAAGAGCCAAUGGACUCUGCACACUUUCUUUACUAUAUGUUUAAUAGUCUUUAUUAUUGUAUCCUAAACAUUUUUUGUAAGAUACAUGUGCAUGGAAGGGGAACUCUUGGGAUUUAUAACCUAAGUUUUUAACUUUUUAUAUUUUUCUAAAACUUAUAAGAAUUUUAAUUAUUAUGAUAUCGACUGUGCACUUUUCUAUAGAUGCUUUGUUUAAAUUGUGUCUGGAAAUGGAGUUGAUUUACUUGACAAACAUGAACUACACAAACAGGACAUAUUUAUAUGGUUUAAGGUAUAUUUCAUAAUAGUAUUGUUCUUGAAGUGUACAUUCUAAUUUUACCUAAUUUUAAAGUAAUGCCUUUUAAAAAUAGAUUCUUAGAUCUUUACUCUACCAAAUUAUAUUAUUUGAAAACACUACCCAAGGAGAGUUCAAUUUUUUUGUCAUUUGCUUUUUUUUUUUUUUUUUUUUUUUUUUUGGUGAUGAUCACAAUAAAUCAAGGAGACUUGAAAUACUUUUUUGACCUAUAUGCUUUUUAAAUGAAUAAAAAUGUUAUGUGAGAUAUUAUUAAAAUUCCUAAUGAACACCUCUUUUAUAAGAUAGACCUUUUCAGAUCAGGAUGCUCCUUGUCACCCCCUCAUUCUAUCAGAAGCUUCAAUGACUCUUUUAGGUUAUUCUAAUUGUUUUGUGCCUUGGAAAUAAAGGCAGAAAGACUGAAAAAGCCACUGUAAGUACAGAGACUUGUGUUUUAUAACCAGCAAAUGCUUGGGAACUAAUCGAUAGGAAUAAAAAUGUUGGCUUAAAAUUACUAAAUAAUUCCAAAAUAAUUUCCCAAUUUAAAAUAAUAGCACUUUUCUUACAGUAAAGAAUGGCAUCUGUAGAAUUCUCUACUUGUCUGGCAUUUAGACAAACUUUUAGAAAUAUACUUUGAGUAAUAGAUUCAUAAUGUUGCAUUUAAUUGAAAGUGUGCGUUUAUAUCAAGGUGAAAAUGCAAUAUGAAAAUACAAUAUGAAUCCUUAUCACCUUGUUAAAAUUGGUAAGUUGGGUAACUUGUACUGACAACAGACAUAUACUAGUAUCUAACAAUAACAAGAUUAAGUAGGUCUAAGGCAGUUUAAUAUGGUUAUUUACUUUAAAAGUUUAACUUUGGAGCAUCACAUUUUAGUCAUAUUUUAUAACAACCUAAAUUUGAUAAAUGGCUGAAAUGUAAGGAAAAGCAACACAAGAAGGCAGAAUGUAAAUUUUGAAUUGGAUUUUAGAGAAAAACUUGUUUGUACAUCUUUCUGGCUCCUUUUUGUAACAUUUACAUUUAGUCAUUUUUUUAAAAAAACUGAACUUUUGCCAUCUUUUAAAUUUUCAUCUAGUUUGAGAAUAAACAAAGGUUAAAUUUUUUUGUUUCCUACCAGUGAUUACUGUAGUGUACAGUAAUUAUUGAGUUCAUUUAUUAGAAAUGAAUAAAAAUGAUUUUGAAAUUAAAUAUAUGAUAAAGUGAAAUAAAUGUUUUAUAUCUCUCUCUCAAAAAAGUAAUUUGCAUUCUUAAAGCAUUCUAAAAAUAUUUUAAAAGAAGUUUUGUAAAUCCAGGUUGCUUUUAACAAGUAAAUGCCUAUUUUGUUAUAUGCUGUAUUUUUGUUCAUAAUCAUCAUGAAUUAUGACAUUUUCACACAAUAAAAAUAAUUUAUAUCAGUA